AUGAUUCCUGUUCCUCCUCAACAGGCCUCCAGAGAGCAUGAGCAUGAUGGAAAGCACGGGGGCUCGAUGAAGCGGGGGAGAGUAAAGCGGCAGAUUUUUGAGUCGAUGAUAGAGAAUUUUACAGGGGCUGUACCCAAUAACUCCGACGAUUUCAAGAGCUGUAUGCUCAGGUGGAACCCAUAUGUAUGGCUAUUUGAAACCACGGGUGCAGCAGCCCCAGAAUAUGGCAAUUCUGAAUGUCAGGAGGUAGUUGAUAUGAUUCCUGUUCCUCCUCAACAGGCCUCCAGAGAGCAUGAGCAUUCCCAAAAUGAUGGAAAGCACGGGGGCUCUGUCGUCAACACCAUUAUUACUGGCAAUAUAAUUUACGCUAACAAUUCCACCAAGCAAAACAAAACGUCUGCAAAGACAACCAAGCGCGACGAACUGAGGUUUGAAAAGCCCUUAGAUCCUGAUGAUUGUUUUCACCUCGAAGUUGUGGAUCAAAUUGUAGGGAAGCCAUUCAUUGAAUCAAGCCUCACAGAUCCUAUAGGGAAUAUUGAUACUUUGACGGCACAAACCAAGACCAUUGAGGUGAUGUACCUCGAUGAUCCCCCAUAUAUAUGA